AUGGUUCAACAUCACCCCGGAGCCUUCGUCUCCAAAGCGAAUCUCGACCCCACCGACGUCCCUUGGGCGCUCACUACACACCUGCUUUCAAUCAGCAUACCGCAGUUCAAGCGCACAACGACGGCGCCCUUCCUGGCCCGCGCAGCACAAGGCCAGCUCCCCAAACCGCUCAUCGCGGAAUGGCUCGCCAACGACCGGCUCUACAUCCAGGGCUACAUCACGCUCGCGGAGAAUCUGACGCGCAUCGUCAAGUCAUCCACCUCACCGGCCCAACAAGCCAACGUCGAGUCCAUCGAAGCGCGACUCCUACGGUGGCUAGACGCCGCGAUCGAAAACGUCAAGCGCGAAUUCGAAUGGUUCGACGAGAUGACGCGUUCAUACAACCUCACCUCCCCAGCCCCAACAUCCUCGCAAAAGAGCCUCGGCGUCCAGCGUUUCGAAGCCCUCUUUUCACAGCUAUCCACGCAGUCCCCAAACGAAUUCCUGCCAUGGCUCGAAGCUGCCGUCUGCCUCUUCAGUACAGAGAAAGUCUACUUUGAAGCGUGGUCGUGGGCACGCAAGCAAGACCGGCGACGCAGCGCAAGCCCGCUGCCGGGAUCUGGCGCAAGUCGAUCGCGCAGCCCUAACCGCACGACGAUGGAUUACUCGAAGGACCUCGAUGGCGGCGCAAUGAGGAAGGAGUUCAUCCCCAACUGGUCGAAUAAGAACUUCAUGAUGUUUGUGGAGACGCUCGAGCGCAUCAUCAACGAGGGCGUGUCGCAGGCUGUCGCAGGCGACGACAAGCGGUGGGAGGAGGUUAAGCAGAGGGCUAGUGCCGUGUGGCAGGCGACGCUGGAUGCCGAGGAGGCGUUUUGGCCGGCUGUCGACGGCGCGAGCAACGCGACCCAUGGAGCGGACGGCGAAAGCAGCACCACCGAACUCCGCGGUCUCAUCGGUGCAAAAGACGGCAGCCUGCUCGAGCCAAACAAACACGCCUACGACCGCGACACUCGCACGCUCUCCGUUGGGCAAGAAGGUACGUAUGUGCCGCAUUUGGGACAUGUAUGA